UUUAUAUAUUUCUUCUUGCAUCCCUCAAAAAUGGAUCGGAGGAUCCUUGUUUCCAGCUAUGAAAGGCCUUACUUUUACAGUCAGCCACUUCCUCCACCACCGCCACCGCCUCUUCCGGACACCCUCAACCUUCAAUCACACCGCUUCAAUCUAAACGAUAAGGUGAGUCCAAGUGUUCUACUCGUCAUCAUAAUCAUUGCUAUCAUUUUCUUUGUUUCUGGGUUGCUUCAUCUUCUUGUUAGAUUCCUUAUGAGGCCAUCUAACCGGGAUCCAGAUGAGUUUGAUAAUGUGACUGCUCUUCAAGGCCAGUUACAGCAACUCUUCCAUCUCCAUGAUUCCGGUGUUGACCAAUCUUUCAUUGACACACUGCCGGUUUUCACCUACAAAUCGAUCAUCGGUGUGAAAAACCCUUUUGAUUGUGCUGUGUGUUUGUGUGAGUUUGAAGGUGAAGAUAAGCUUCGGUUAUUGCCUAAAUGUAGCCAUGCUUUUCAUAUGGAUUGUAUAGAUACAUGGCUAUUGUCUCACUCUACUUGCCCUCUUUGUAGAGGCAGUUUGCUUUCUGAUUUCUCUUCAAAUACUUGUUCCCCAAUUGUGCUUGUUCUUGAAUCUGGGAGUAGUGAGAUUUCUAGAGAGAUUGUUAACUCUGAACCCAAUAUUUCAUCAAUCCAAACGGUGAAUUCCCAUCUGAGUAAUGAGGAAUCUGAAUUUGGUAAGUCGGAAAUGGUGAAAGAGGAAAACAAGGAGAAAGUGGUUACCAUUAAGCUUGGGAAGUUCAAGAACGUAGAUGGUGGUGGUGGUGGUGGUGGUGGUGGUGGGGGCGAGGAUAGUAGUGAGAAGCAAACGAUUGAUGCUAGGAGGUGUUUUUCAAUGGGGUCUUUUGAAUAUGUAAUGGAUGAGAAUUCAUCUUUACAAGUACCUAUUAGAGCUCGAGUCAAGAAACAAGCUAGCAAGAAAUCUUCUCUUCCAAUCACCCCAGGUCACCGGCCGGCAAUGUCGGAGUGUGGUGGUGAUUCAAGAAGAGACUUCAAGGGAAUAGACGUUCUUCGUGGUGGUGGUGGUGGCGGUGGCGGAGGUUGUGCUGCCAUUGGUAAAAGCAAGAGGGAGAGCUUUUCAGUGUCCAAGAUUUGGCUUAGAGGGAAGAAAGAGAAACCUAACUCAAUGGUGGCUGCCGCCAUUGGGCCAUCAUCAAGAGGGUCUUUCUCAUUCCGUUUUCCGGUACACCGGAAUGAAUUUAAGGCCAACAGGAGGGCUAAUUCUGAUGUGGAUAUGAAGAGGUGGGAGAAUGAUCCAGAAAUUCAAACUUUUCAUUGCUUUGAUUCACCACCAGAUGCUUCAAAUCCACCAUCUUUUGCAAGGAGGACUCUACUUUGGCUUAUGGGUAGGCAACAAAUCAAGGUGGUUUCAACAAAUGUUUAAAUAUUUUCUUCCCUCUAAAUGUACCUGUUUUCUUCAAUAUUUUGUGGGUAUUCUUCAAUUUAGGGGAGAUUAGAUUAUGAUUAGUAAAAAGAAACAAAACGAGAUCAAGAUUAAAGAAAUCUCAAUACAAAUUAUUUACGUAGAACGUUGUUUUUGCCUUUUUUUGUAUCCCAAAUGAUAUAAGAUUUUUUACGUACGCCAACAAGAUUUGAAAUAUGUAUAGGUUUAUCAAUAAUAGUUAGUUUAGGAGAU